AAUCACUUCGGAGUCACUAAUGAGAACAAGACCUUGCUUAUCAGUGAAGACCAACCCAUGGAGGGAUUGGCAGAGGUUCAACUCAACGUUACUCAUCCCAACCAGUUGGUGAGGGAAGAAGCCCAAGGCAAGCUGCAAGCCGUCCUUGAAGCAGGCUUUUCAGAGUAUAGGUUAGUGCGAUACACAGAAGCAGCAGCACAAGAAUUUCUUGAAGGGCUGAAGGAAUGGCACCUGUUUUUCAAGCGUCACUCAGAAACGGUUAAGUCCUUGGCAAAGAUCAUAGUGAGAGAUGGAAUGUACAAGUUAAUUGGAUUGACUGUUGAUUCCAUCCACCUCCAUGUGAAGGUGUAUACCAUGGAAGGGCUACGUGCCCUACAAAUGGACAUUCAAAGUGGCUGCAUCGGACGUGAGCUUGGCAAGGUACUCGUCUCUGAUGAAACCAAGCAGCAGUUUCCAGAAGACAUUGUUUUAGAUGUUGCUGCAGAAGGUAGUGAUGCCUGGAAUUUACUUUCGUAUGCAGUCGAUGACCCAGAUGAACAAAUCACUGGGCCAUCAAAAGACUUGAAACAAUCAAGGCAUGCCAUAAACCUUGAUGAGCAGCAGCCUACUGUCAGAAGCCAUGAGGAAGAUCAGUCUGGUACUUCUUCAGCAACAUCCAGAGAAGGUGCUUCAGUGCCAUUUCAAGUACCAAUGAAGCAAGAGAUGUCGGACAAUGUUACCAAGAAAGGCUCAGAUUCUGAGGCUGACACCAAAGAAGCAUUUUCAGGGAAAGCAUCUAAAAAAAUGGAAGACUGGACAGAAGAGGAAGUAGCCCUCUGGCUUAAACAUCAUGUACACUUUUCAGAUGAAAUUGUCAGUAAGUUGGAAGGGGUGGAUGGUUUCACGUUGGUUAGGUAUGAUACAACUAAACUGAAAAAAGAUUUUGAACUCUCUACAGGGUAUUGCAGAAGAUUAGAUGAACGGAAGAAUGAUUAUCUUGAAAAGGAACAGAUUGGCAGGGGAAACUGUAGAGGAUCUGAUUCAUCUGAGAGCUGUGGUAGAAUAUCAAAUGCAAGUGCAUUAGAUGGAAUGUCAAUUGCACCUGAAUCAGGUGUACCACAAUCAGUAUCAUUACCAGAUGUACAUGCACCAGUGCAACAAGCAGAAUACCUGCAGACCUCGCCUUUACUUACUCAUGCAAGUGGACCCUCCAUAUAUUUGGAGGGUUCUGAUGAGAAACAUACAGUAACAACUUCUUCAUCAAUGGGAGUUACAGUUACAUCUCUGAACUCUGUUGAAUAUAUGAAAGAAAUGAAGCCACAAUGCUUCACCUCUUCCACACCUAGUACAGCAGAAACAGAUUCAGUACUACCUUCAUAUGGUCAUAGAGAAAUGCAGGAAUCUGUUCACCAACCAUCUGGACCAGGAGGUAAGGAAAGUGACUCAAAUACAGGAAAAAGGCUUACCAAUCUUCUUCUUGGGUCUGACAGAGGUGAACUUGAUUCAUCCUAUUAUCCAGUUCUGGUUGUGAACACACCCUCUCAACAGAUGAGCCCUGCAGAGGUAGGAGAACGUUUUGGUUUCAUGGCUUCUGUCAAAUGGAAUGUCGUCUUUGACUGCAACGCAUAUUCCAACAAGGUGGGACUUUGCCAGUAUGUGAAUAAGAGGAAGUCACUCAAGAUCUUGGAUGCAGAUACAUUCACAGAGACCAAGGAUGUAGAUGAGCUCAGAGAUGGAAUCGAAUUUCCAGAGACUCCUGUAUGGGUAUUCCCUAACGGUCGGAAUGAUGUGAAUGUGAAGGGAAUGGACAAGUUGUCAGAUAUAGACUGGAUGAGAGAGAGAUCGCAUGCAGUCCUGAACACUGUCCGGUUCUUCGCUGAUCCUGGUGUCAUUCCACCGGGCAGAGCCGUUGUUGUGUUCCUUCUUCUUUCAUAUUCAGAUAUCAUGGUGAUGACUCAGUUAUUCAGGGAAUUUUACACUUCCAAAUCCUUCCAGGACCUGAAACGUUUCACCAUCAUUGCAGAGGAUCAAAGUGUACUGCAUAGGUGGAUUCAGCAUCUUGAAAGUCAGAGCAUUGUUUCAAGCAAGAACAUGAUGGAAAGAUGUCUUGGGGGAGUGGAAUGGCAAGAGAUCAACACAUGUAUGAUGAGACUUCUAGGAUCCUGUGAAACUGGUUUGCCAUUUCUUCCAAUGGUUCGAAGAGGACAGUGUGAGCUCCUGAAGAAACACCAGAGUCAAUGGUCAGACAUAUCUGUACUAGCAAAGAAUGAGUGCGAAAACACGUCAAUGGAUGAGAAUAAUCCUGAGUUCUUGAAUUUUGUUCAAGAGAAAGAGUCUCGAUUCUAUCAAGGCCAUGGGGUUGACUGGUGGAAUUUCUAUCUCUCUGAGAAGAAGUUGAAUAGAGGCAAAGGGUACAAUCAUGUCCUGAAGCGUCAGAAUUACAAAAAGCUGUAUGAUAAUGUCUUGAAACUUCUCACCUCUCCAGGCAAGAAAGUUUGCCACAUUUCCAUGGCAACUGUCUUUCAUGAACCAGGAGCAGGAGGCACAACGGUUGCAAAAAACCUUUUGUGGGACUUGCAUCGAGACUACAGAUGUGCAGUUGUCAAUAGGGUCACCGAUGACACUGUUAAACAAAUCCUUGCCUUUCACAAAUAUGGCUAUGAGGAAGGCCAAAAACCAGGACCAGUCGUUCUCCUCAUGGAAAAUCUGGACUCCGACACUAUGCGACCAUUUCUACUCAGUUUGGAAGGAAAAACAAGGUACCUAGAAGACAAUGGAUUGGCAUUUGUCCUUGUCCAUUGCAAGAGAACUUCUGAGCCACAGUUUCUUCAGAAGAAAGAAGAACCCAAUCCAUGUGUUUCUGUGGAACAUAAACUGUCAAAAGAAGAGAAAACGUGGUUCUCAAAGAAGACUAAAGAUCUUGAACAGAAGGAUGUGUUCAGUGAAGAAAAGUCCCCACAUAAACUUCUUACUUUCAUGGUAAUGAAGAAAGAAUGUGAUCCUGAUUACCUGAGAAAGGUAGUGAAGGGCAUUCUCUCACCGCUUAACAUUAGGACUGACAAGAAAGUCAAGAAUGGUGUCAAUCUGCUAAAAUACGUGUCUGUGAUACAAAGAUACAAUCCUGAUUUCGCCAUGCCAGUUUCUGCGUGUGAUGGCUUUAUGAAAAGUCAAUACAGAUUGACAUCUGGAGGUCGGCAUCAGUCACUGGUACCUUGGGAAAAAGAUAAGCCACAAUACCUCAACCUGCUUCUCCGUGAAGAAUUCAUUGAAGAUAUAGAUGGCUGUGUGAAAGGUCUUGCUAUUGUCCAUCCUGUGAUUGCAAGUGAGAUUGUGCAUCAACUUGGUGAAAUCUCUGAACAAACAACUGCUGACAUGUUCCUUGAACUUCUUGAAAAGUCAACAAUUCUCGACAACUUGUCACACAGCAAAGGUUAUGUUCAAAAAAUCUGCAGAGAUUUGAUGGUCAGAAGAUUGAAGAAAGAGUAUGGAGAUGAUAAAGAAACAUCUUUUGCCCCUUUCAUUUGCGAUGUGUACAGAGAAAGUAAAGAGAAGGCAUUCAAGAUCAUGGAAGUUGGCAUCAAUAAAUUCCAAGACCCAUACAUUGCACAGCAGAAAGCACGACUUCACAGUUUGCUUGAAAAUGAUUUCGAAAAUGCGGAGCAAGCCAUCAAUAUUGCACUUAGAAUUGCGAGCAACAAUUCAUACUUCUGGGACACAAAGGGGAUCAUCUUACGAGAGAAGAUGUCACAAUACGAGUGCACAGAAGAACAAAUCAGUGACAGUGAAAUGAAAAAUCUUUUGGAUACUUUUGAGGAAUCUUGUGCUGCAUUUCAUACAGCCCAACAUGUUAUGGAAGAAGAGACAACAGGCAGGAAUUACGCUGGUUUCUCGGGAGAGAUUGCCACAAUUUCUAAAUUCUUAGAGAUUGUACUGAAGAGAGUAAAACCCUUCUGUUACUAUAACAGAAAAGGACUAGAGACUUUGCAAAUGUAUUUAGUGACAGAAUACAUUCCUCCAGAUCUGGAGCUACAUGUACCAUCACUGCACGAUUUUAAUGAUACUAUGAAGUCAUUGUCAGAAAGGGUUGAUAAAGCUAUUUUGUGUUUUACCGACUACCUUACGCAAUGUGCAACACAACGAUUUGAUAGACCGUCAGUAAGAAUUCUUGAAACCAAAAUGCAGAGAAUGUACGAAAAAAGAAACCGUUUCUUUGCUUUGUCAUCUCAAGCUCCUGAGAGGGAAAAUGUGUUUUCACAGUAUCCUGUGGAAACUGUGUAUGCAAAGAGACGAUCUGAAGUUAAAAGGAUGUAUGCAGAUGGAUACAACAACAUCUUUAACAUGGCUUCAAUGAACAAAGUAGAAGAUCUCAGGCGAGCUCAAUCCUUGCUCCAGAAAAAUCUUCAAGUUGAAUGUCCAAAUCUGUUUGACAUCAGAAAUUAUGUGUUUACAGUCUUUGCUUUGUCAGUCUGUACCAACGAUGGAUUGAAUGAAGAGGAAGCUCGAAAGUCUGUGAACAAGUUGAAGAUGAUGGAAGAGGAAGGCAAUGGGUUUUAUGGCUUAUUCUUUGAGAUGCUGUUGAACUGGCCAGAUGACACCAGAACAGCCAGAAGAAGGCCAAUUAGAGAGACAAUACGAAAACUGCAUGACAAGUGGGAAGGUAGAUACUCCAAUAAGGUAAAUGCGGAGUCUCAGCAUAAUCGAUCCAAACGAUCCAGAAUUCGUGCAAUUUCCAUCCCCUGCAAGGCUUCCACAGAGUUUUACCUUGGACAGGAUAAGACAUCUCAAUUUGUCCACCGUUAUUCACUCGGCCGGCGAGUCACAUAUGACACAUGGAGAGAAGACUCCAUCAAGAAGAGACUCAAGAGGUUAGAUGGAGUCUUGAACAGUAAACACUUUGUCCUGUACAACCCAGAAGGAGAAGAACCAGUUAAAAUUUCUCUGUCCAUUCCCAUCAAGGGUCUCCCUAGCCAAGAACCUGUUCAGUUCUACCUAGGGUUCUCAUUUGCUGGCCCCUUGGCAUAUGACGUAGUGUACAAGGACAACAGGGAGACUCCUUUCAUUGCAAAGGAGAGUUCUGCAAACUAUCCUAGCUAUGUUAAUGAAGUGCAUGAUAUUGAGGAAGGUUCUGGUAGCUAUGAAUGCUAGGAUUCUAUGUUACAGAAAUGUGGGCUACACAGAUUAUAUUGCUUCAGAGAAAGCUGUCUAGCAUAACUAUGCUCUAUGUCUUUCAGAAUAGACAUUCUGUGAAGGUCAUUUUGCCUCCGACGAAGAUUCUGCUAGGAUCGAAAGCUUAGGCACCCUUUUGACUUUUAAGGAUAUUUUCAAAAUUAUUUCAUGGCUUAAUACUUAUAGCAGAAACCAGGAUGAAGGCAAUCUGAAUAUUUUCAAUGUAAAUUGCUUUACUGGUUAAUUUGUAGGUGUAUUAACGCUGUAUUUCGUGAUUAACGUGUCAUCUUUGAUAGUCCUCUUUGAUUAAUGACUAAGUGUGUUUAGGUGUGAGCGAAUACAAUGGAAUUUCAGGCUUACUCUAAAUAAAUAAAAUCUAUUUUGAUUUGGUUCCACAUCAAGAUCUUAGACGUUCCUAGAUAUAUAAAUAACUCCUAUAAAUAUGCCUACCUACUACUUCUAAAGUAUUGAAUGAACAUAAAAUUGCAGGAUAUACAGUCAUUCGAUAAGUUAUUUACCCUUUGUAUGGGGGUGAUUUAAGAUUUAUUUGUAAAAUUUGUUUAGAUGUAUAUUUGUAGUUUUUUCUGUUUAUAUCUAAAGGAACUGUUGCUUGACUGGCGCCACGAGCCUCUUCAGAUAGUGUGUGCGCUUAUUAUCACCAUUAUUUAUUAUUAUCAUUAUUAUAAGUGGCAGAAAUGCUUGCAUUAUUUCAUUGGUUCAAAGAAGAUUCCACUUUUUUACUUUGAGGCUUGUAAUUUUUAAGAAGAGUGUGAUACAAGUGUUAUCAGGUAUCCAGUGUACAAGUUGUUUAAUCAGGAACUUAUUUUGAAUUCAUACCCUGAUUCCCCUGAUUCUUGCAGGUUUUGUGUAGAAUAACUGAACAGAUACAUGUAUGUUGCUAACUGGAAUAAAAGAAGUUCGGUAUUUAAUUUUUGCAUUUGGCAAAGAGGGGUGAAUUCAUCUUUAUUACAGUGGAUUUUUGUCAAUUUAUAAGAAUUUGUUUGAAAAAGCGGUUAGAUCCACUUUAGACCAUUCUGAGAAAAUCAUGGUUUUUUUUAUUAUCCCAUAUUGCAAUAUUCUUAUGCGAAACUAAAUUGCCAUGAUAAACUACCUACCAUGUGAACUUAAAAUUGGGUAUAAAAGAAAUCCACUUGUUUUCAUAUCUUUUGAAUAUUUCUUUAAAAAAAAAUCACCAUUGUGGAUCUACAAGUAGCCAGUUUGCAAAGAAACUUAAAUGGAUCCAAUCCCUGUUGAAUAAAAAAAAAAAAAUUUCUUUAGCAUUCUUAUUCACAUUUUGACGGGAAUUUCAACUUUUGUUUGGUAUCAGAGCGACUAAAAAUCUAUACAUUGAGACAAAAAAUUAUCAAAUUUUAUGAAAAAAUUGAUCACACCCUUUUUGCAUAUGAGCUGUUCAGAAGAUUUUGUUUGCAAAAGGGGUUAGAUCCACUUAAGACUAUUUCAAGAAUAUAUAUUUUUUUAAUUCUCCCAUAUUGCAAUAUUCUUAUGUGAAACUGGAUUGUCAUGAUAGCCUACAAAAGGAACAUGAAAUUGGGUAUAGGAGAAAUCUGCCUGGUUUCAUAUUCUUUUAAAUAUUCCUUUCUAAAGAUUACCUUUGUGGAUCUAACCCCUUUUGCAAACGAACUGCAAUGGAUCUAAACCCCCUUUUUUAAAGUGAUUUUUCUUUGCUAUUUUUGUCCACUUUUUAAUGGGAAUUUCCAACUUGUCUUUGCUAUCGUCUCAGAGAUACUAAAAGUCUAUACAUUGAGACCAAAAAAGGUCAAAUUUGAUGACAAAUGGAUCUACGCUGUAACCCCCUUUUGCAAUUGAGCUCUACAAUAUGUGACCACCUUUUUGCAACUGAGUACUACAAUAUAUAGAAAUGUAGCGAGUCUUUUCUUUUUAAAGACGAUUUUACGUCAUUUGUAAAUAACAAGGUUACGACGUGCUUGUCUAAAAAUACCUGCACAUUGUAUACUAUUGUGACUUGAUAUGUAAAACAUGUUUUGGUGUAGCUUUUAAUAGGAAAACACAGCAUCCCUUCUCGUAGAUGUUAAUGUAAGUGUUUUAUCCGUAAAGAUGCCAUAAAAAUUACUCUUAAUUAACUGUUUUUUUUUAAUUUUUUUUAUUUGCGGAUUUAGCUAAACACCAGAUAUAUAUCCAUUCGAUAGAGAGGACAGAUUUCUGUCAGAUAUUAUUGUAGAAUAAGCGCAUUUCAACCAUUUCAUAAACACCCUUUAUGGGCGCCAGGACCGGUAUUCAAUUCAGAGCACCUAUCAUUUUAUCUGGCAAAACGAAAUGCUUAUACUUUUCUUCAUAUCACUUCUAAUAUAAUAUUCAAAACUCAGGCAACAUACUUAAUAAUAAACGAUUGUGAUGUCUAAUUGUUUAAUGCGCAGUGUCUGGGCACAGGAUGUUUGACGGUGUGUAUGCCUAUUACGUGAAGAGUUUGCCUUAAAAGAAAAAUUGUCCCUUUUGCUUUUUUUUGUAAUUCGAUGUAUAUGAUUUAAUGAUUGUUACAUUGUUGUUUUUAUAUUGCUGUGAUUAUGAACGCACCGCAUGCACUGAGAGUGUUACUGUUGUAAAGAUCUCUAUUCAAAUAAAUAAGUAAACAAAUAUAUAGUUUCUUACCCUCAAAUAUCAGUAGGAUUUACCUUUUGAGCCUUGGUAUAUAAGGAACAACAUGUGGGACUUGGGUGAUGUGAUGAGAUAAUGGAAGUUUCUACUUUCAGUGUAAUAUUUUGAUGUUUUUUCCUUUUUCAGUUUACGCCUUAUAUACUGUUCUGAGUGGAUAUAAUAAAUAAUAUUUUCAUUGAUAUUUUAAUUAUCAUAAUACCCUCUUUUAUUCAUCUUUGAUAUCUAUUACAUAUCAAAUGGAUUUGGUGGUUUGUGUAUAUAAUUCAGUGUUAGUAAAUAAUUCAGAAUAAUAAUGACGAAUUCGACCCUAACUGGGUGUUUUAUGAUGUAAAUUGUUUUAAUGUUCGUUUCAUUUAUUUGUCUUCCAUAUUUUACUUAAGACUAUUAUAAACAUUGAUUUGACAUAUUAAAUGUGUAUACUAAAAUAACCAAAUUUGAUAAUCGAUGUAAAUAUAAAAAUAUGUUACAUUGGAAACUGACGAGUCACAGCUUUAGCAUGUGU